AUGUAUGAAAACUCAUUGAAGAUCAUAUUAGGAAUCUCUAAUGCUAUUGACCAUACCCCAAAUCUUGGCUUAGUUGACCCACAAUCAACACAUCCAUUUGAUUUAUUACCUUUAGAGAUAUGGUUAGAGGUACUUCAGUACGUUAAUAAACCAUUAAAGUUACUAGAGAUUAAUAAGAAAUUUUUGGAAAUUUUUGCACCAGAGUUGAUACCUAGAAAUAUUCAAGGUGCCAUGGUUUUCAGUUCACUUGAGAAAGUAAGGAAAACAGAUUUAUUUUUUUUAAAAUAUGGGCCUGAUUGUUAUAAAGAAGAUCUCAAUGGAUAUUUUUAUUAUAUGAGAGAGAAAUCAUCAAAUGAAUAUGAAUAUGAAAUCAUUGAUUUUGAUGUUUCUGACUGGUACCGUGCAAUUUAUUCUAGUAUAGUUCCAGCUCAUUAUAUCACUAAGACUUCAUCAUUUUUGAAACUCAAAUUAAAUGUCUUGGAUAAUGAAAAAUCUAUAAUGAAAAGGUUUUAUAAGGAUUGCAAUUUCAAGUUGGAUAUUGUAUUUCUAGAUGAAAAAGCUUCAAAAGAUUUCAUGGGAUUGAAGUCAUCUGUUGUUCAAAAUUUGACUAGUAAAAAAUCCAAUAAGAAAUUAUUUAAUCAGUUUAAAGUCACCACAGGAGAGAUGCUAUGUCAUCAUUAUGAAUUUGACGAUUAUCGUAUAAGUCACAGAAUGCCAUAUAGAGCUGCUAUUGCAGAAUAUCGCCAUCCAUAUGGGAAUACUUUCCCAGAGAUAUCAUAUUACUAUGAGCUUAUGCCAUUGUCCAGAUUAGUUUAUUUUGUGAAAGGGAGAAAAAGAGAUUCUUUUGAAUAUUUGAAGUCAAGCAAAGAGCUUUAUGAUUUACACCCACUACUUGAAGAGGAAGAGAUUAAAGGAUUAGGUGAAAUGUCUGAUUUAUCUCUAUUUAUAAGGGAUGAUCCAGCAGUUAGAAAAAGAGCUUCUAAUUUUUAUAUGAAUCACAACGUAAAUGCUCAUAGCACGCACGUCACAAGAAGGGAGUUUUGUAAUAAGAAUGAUAUUUUGAGAAUGAUUAACACUUUUGCUAAAGUUAGUAUACUAAAUCCAAAUUCUUCAGAAAGUUCAAUGGUGUUUUUUGGGGUCAACAAAAGAGAGCUCAAAAAAGUUCCUGCUGUAUACAAUAGUGAAAAUUCAAUGACUAAAAUGGAUAUUGUGGUGUUGAAUAGUGUGGGAUUGAAAACAUCAAAGGAGGAAGAUAUAUAA